UCUGCUCACAGAGUGAGAGAGCGGGCGAAUGAGCCAGCGCCUGUUGCUUGGCUGGUGCUGUUUUUGCUGGCAGUGGGUAGAGUUUGAUCACUGACAACAAACUAUUACAGAUUUUGCUUCUCCUGCUGGCUCCUCGAUCAGCCCAGAAUGAUGGGUUUAACUGCUUCGUCGCCAUAGUAGCCCUCAAUGGUUUGUUCUGAGAAGUUAUAAGGAGAGCGAGAGGACCUGUUUAAACCUGUGCGGGGAAACUGCUUUCUGAAGCUCUGAGCUUUACAGGAUUUUUUGGUUUUUUUUGCACCCCUCCAGCACAGCAAAGAGGAAACUGAAUGACCUCCGGAGCUGCUAGAAUCCAGGUACUGUAGCAGCUCCAUGCAGCUGCCUGUGGAUUAUGGGUACAACUGCCAGCACAGCUCAGCAAACAGUCUCAGCAGCUACAUUUGAGAACGUUCACAGCAACGAGACCAUGGAGGACCGCCACUCGCUUAGCAUCCAUUCCUGCCAGACGAUUGGCCUCCACAACAACAAAGCCAAGUCCAUCAUCACCAACAAGGUGGCACCUGUUGUCAUCACCUACAACUGCAAAGAGGAAUUUCAGAUUCAUGACGACCUGCUGAAGGCCAACUACACAGUGGGGCGGAUUUCAGAGACCACGUCGGAACACUACCUUGUACAGGGGAAAUAUUUUAUGGUCAGAGAUGUAUACAGUAAAUUAGAUGUCUUGAACACUACAGGGAGUUGUGGAGCUCCAAAUUUCCGACAGGCCAAAGGAGGGUACGAAGUGUUUGGAAUGGGACAGCCCAGUCUGAAUGGAUUCAAGCAGGUGCUGCAGAAACUCCAGAACGAUGGGCACAAGGAGUGCAUCUUCUUCUGUGUUCGUGAGGAGCCUGUUCUAUUUCUACGCAUGGAAAAUGACUUUGUGCCCUACACGCCAAGAGGAAAGGAGAACUUGCAUGAAAACCUGCACAACCUGCAGAGAGGGGUCAAAGUGGACGACAUGGAACUUGCAAUUCGGAAAGAGAUACAUGAUUUUGCUCAGCUGAGUGAGAACACAUACUACAUCUAUAAUGACAUUGAACACUUCAAAGAUGAGCCACACUCCGUGACCAUCCAGCGCGAAGAGGAUAUCCAUGUGAUGGAGGAGGUGUACAAGAGGCCUGUCUUCCUGCUGCCAUUUUACAGGUACCAUCGGCUGCCAUUGCCUGUGGAUGGGGCACCUCUAGAAGCACAGUUUGAUGCUUUCACCAAUUUCCUCAGGGAGAGUCCAAACCUGCUACGGCUCCAGGACCCCAGCAGACUGCCUCCUGCUUUACUCUUCAGCUGUCAGACUGGCGUUGGCAGGACCAACCUCGCCAUGGUCUUAGGCACUCUGGUGCUUUAUCAUCGCAAGGGAGCAGCACAGAAACAAGACCUUCCACAUCCUGCUAAUACUUUGUCAAGGGACCGAUUUCAGGUUAUUCAGAACUUUAUUGACAUGGUACCAAAAGGCCAACAAAUCGUUGAGGAGGUGGACAGUGCCAUUUCCUGCUGCUCUGAAAUGCAUGACAUGAAGGAAGCCAUCUAUGAGUAUAAGAAGAAAUUGGAAGGGAUUGGAGAAGAUUACCAGAUUCAGGGGAGCAGCACCAAAGAGUAUUUCCUUCAAAGGACUUUGCAGAGCCUUGAGCGCUAUUUCUACUUGAUUGCUUUCAACUACUACCUUCAUGAGCAGUACCCCCUGGCCUUUGCCCUCAACUUCAGCAGAUGGAGGUGUGGGCACCCAGAGCUCUACAGGCUGCAGAUGAACAUGAACCUGUCAGAGCUCACAGUGACGGGGGAACUGAUAACAAAGGGGACGCGAGUGCUAGUGGCGGAUGAACGUUUCUCCCCAGAUGUGCUCAGCACUGGGAAGGAAAUGAGGGUAGCCAACUUCCGGAGGGUCCCCAAGAUGCCUGUGUAUGGGAUGGCACAGCCCAACUCCAAGGCUAUUGGAAGUGUGCUAAGCUACCUAACUGAUGCAAAGAGGAAGUACUCCCACAUCACCUGGAUAAACCUCCGUGAAGAAGUGGUGCUGGAAGGGAAUGAACAAAUCUACACCGUCCGGGAACCUGGAAACCUGGAACAACAGAUUACGGUGCCUGUUACAUCACCUGAACAACUAGAGAAAUUAGAGUCCACCUUGAAGAAUGACUUGCUAAAGUCCCAGAAGUGGCUGGAGGUGUAUCUAGAACAGGAGAAGCAGAUGAAGAUAUUUAAGAGUUGCCUGACCACACAGGAGAUACUUAAUCAGCACAAGAGCACAUGCCAGGGGCUGGUGUACAAACGAAUCCCAAUCCCAGACUUCUGUGCUCCCAAGGAGCAGGAUGUAGAUCGGCUAUUGGACGCGAUGAAGAGUGCGCUAGCUGAGGACUCUCACACGGCCUUUGUGUUCAACUGCCAUAGUGGCAAAGGGAGAACCACCACAGCCAUGGUUAUUGCGGUCCUCACGCUCUGGCAUUUCAAUGGCAUCCCUGAGAUGAGUGAGGAUGAAAUUGUGAGUGUACCUGAUGCCAAAUACACCAAAGGAGAAUUUGAGGUGGUGAUGAAGGUGGUGCAGCUUUUACCAGAGGGGCACAGAAUGAAGAAGGAGGUAGAUAUGGCCCUGGAUACUGUGAGUGAGACCAUGACACCUAUGCAUUAUCACCUGAGAGAAAUCAUCAUAUGCACCUACAGACAGGGGAAAACAGCCAAGGACGAGAAGGAAAUGCGGACACUGCAACUGAGGAGCCUACAGUAUUUGGAGCGAUACAUCUGUCUGAUCCUGUUCAAUGCCUACCUGCAUCUGGAGAAGAAGGACUCUUGGCAGAGGCCAUUCAGUGUCUGGAUGCGUGAGGUGGCGGCCAAGGCUGGAGUUUAUGAGAUCCUGAAUCAGCUGGGGUUUGCUGAGUUUGAGAACCUAGAAGACAAGUCUCUCUCCAAGCUCCGCUAUCGCUGGCAGGAACAGAGCCGUAGCCAACUUCCAUUCCAAGGGGAGUUCAUUUAGGACUCGACGCUGUGAGGCACCUUAGGAAUUUCUACAUUUCUCCAGACUUGGCUGGUUCUCUUGCUUUUUAUGGGUGGGGGGAGGGAGAAUUUGCCUUAAGGAAAGACUUUGUUUCCAGAAAGAUUGAAGGGGGACGGGACACACCUUAAACUGACUUUAAAAAACAAAAAUUUAUAGUGUUCUGUUAGACACAAUAAAAAAUAUUGUAAAUUAAAUAACAGGUGUCUAAUUGAAAACAUUGUGUAACCUUUUAAAAAUAGCUCUGAAAUGUUUAAAACACAAUCUUCUGAAUUUAGUGAAUGUAUUAGCAACAAGUGCCAAAUUUUUCAUGGCCUUCCUCACUUUCCCACUAUAGCAGUGCAGUCUAUGCACUAUAUAUAGAGAGAGUCAUAUAAAUGUAAAAGAAUUUGCAGGCCAACUUGGGAUUCAUGAAGAAUCCCAAAGGCACUAGAAUGAGAUCUGGAUUUUUAUGUUUGUGCAUAUUUAUUACACUUUUUUAAAUUAACUUUAUUAACAAACUGGAGGUGUUUGAGUAAAAUAUAAGCCAGGGGUCGGCAACCUUUCAGAAGUGGUGUGCCGAGUCAUCAUUUAUUCACUCUAAUUUAAGGUUUCAUGUGCCAGUAAUACAUUUUAACAUUUUUAGAAGAUCUCUUUCUAUAAGUCUAUAAUAUAUAACUAAACUAUUGUUGUAUGUAAAGUAAAUAAGGUUUUAAAAAUGUUUAAGAAGCUUCAUUUAAAAUUAAAUUAAAAUGCAGAGCCCCCCGGACUGGUGGCCAGGACACCCUGGCAGUGUGAGUGCCACUGGUUGCCUACCCCUCAUAUAAGCCACUAAUUUCCCACAGCCCUGCUACAGUCAAAAGCCUUGUUUCCAGUGCCUGGACGCUUCUGCUGCAGUAUGGCACCAAAGUUUCUGUUUAGCAAAAAGCCACAUUUUGUGGAUCCAGAAAUAAAAGGUGAAAUCUUGGCCCAACUGAAAUCAACAGGAAUUUUGCCAUUGAAAUCAGGAUUUCACACAAUGUAUCUAAAGCAAUUAAAUAAAACCCGUCACAGAGGAAAUAAUAAAAAAGAAGGGAUUGGAAAGAUGGAAAAAUAAAAUGAAUCAAGAGUGUUCAGGUACAGAAUAAAGUCGCAUUCCCACUGUCACAUCUGAAGGAGAGGCUGGUUGCAGAAGGUUUGGUGAGCAGAAAUGAAAUAAUCCAGGGCUAGCAUGAAUAGGAUGACAGAAUAAGAUAUGAAGUACAAAUGCACAAGCAUGCAGUCUGUCUCUUUCCGAAUCGGCUGUCAUCAGCUGCCAGCAGUUCAGACGGUGCAUACAUCAGAAAUUUAAAAAGUGAAUUUUUUUAAAAAGUUAAAAUACCAAGAGGUGUGUGUUUUAUUUGGAAUUGUUCCUAUUGCUACUUCAAAAUCCAAGCACCAAGGCUUCUGUUUACCAAGCAUUUUAUUUUUGGCUUCUUUCUGAUGGAGCAUUUUGUUUUGUUUACCUUUUAUAAUUGCAAAGCAUCAGAUCAAGUAUUUUACAUCUCCAGCAGGAUAUUUUCGGGUUUGAAUUAUUUGCUGGUGAUAUAACUGAAUAGAUAAAUUGGUAACUUGCAAGAGGCAGUUGCUAUUUCUUUUGUUACCUCUAACAGCCAUCUGACAGCAUAAAAUGUUUUCACUUCUCAUCAUCCCCUAUCGUAACUGAAAGGUGGUUAUGUUGAAGUGACAUAAAACCAAAUUAAACUUGAUCAUUGAAGGUAGUUUAUAGCACCAGUAUGCAGAGAACUUUGAAACAACCCUGUUCUUUAUUGAUUUCUGUUAUAAACAGAUGUAUAUCCAUUUUUGUAUUCAGUUCCUUUCCUUUCUUAUAAUGGAACAUAUACUGUAUUUUUUGCAAAACUACUGUACAGCUGUAUGCCUCCACUUUGUUUCUAAAUUUUACGUGAUCUUUUGGG